AGAAGCUGUCACACCUGUGUGCACUUUAAGGUGCUAAUGACCACAUGCGGGCAGAUUGUACAUUAGUGCUGUUGCUGGCUUCAGCUCUUCUUUUUGUCCCCUGGGGAAUCCAUGCUCAGCCUGGCCCCAAACUACCUCUGCUAAUCCCACCAGGUAACCUUUCAAAGCUUCUCCUAAUGAACCUUUACCUGCAGAUCACUGUCCAGAGUCAAACCACUCACACAGGGAGAAAAACAGGCGACAAGUUGUUGUUGUGUUUUGCAAAGUGAAUACAUGAAAUCAGGAAAAGUUUUGAUGAACCAAUAUCUUCUUCACUUUAGCGUGUAUUUAGUGUUUAAGCUAACAACUUUGGAAAAGUUUCAAGUCUGUUGCUAGCUACAUGAGCUCUUUAGCCUCUGAGCUAAGCUAAGCUAGAAGUUUUAGCUUGACAAUGGAGUGAGAAACAGGACUGUGUGCCAAAGAUAAAGGCAACAGACUUACUUAGCUUAACUUUGUCUGUUACAACCAGUAGCUUAAGGUGGCUAAUGUUAGCAUAUGUUUGUCAUGUACCAGACCUGUACUGUAGCUUAGUCUGUGUUAAAGUUUUAGUUUGACAAUGGAGUGAAAACAGGACUGUGUGCCAAAGAUAAAGGCAAUAGACUUACUUAGCUUAACUUUGUAGGUCACAACCAGUAGCUUAAGGUGGCUAAUGUUAGCAGAUGUUUGUUUUGUGCUCUAGUUAAGUCUAUCUCCAUAAAGACAUUUUGAUUCAAGAUCAAAUGUUGGUGUAGCUUCUGUUUGCUGCCAAAAAUGAGAGCGAACAAUGACACUGUUUGGACAAAAUGCAAAAUCCUGUUGUUAUUUGGAGAUAAAUUGCUAAUAUUGAGAAAAAGGUGGGCCAAAAAUGGGUUCGUGAAAUCCUGCUUUGGUUGUUGGAUUGUUUGAACUUGCAUCAGGAAGUAAAACUGUGUUUUGUUAAUUUGGACAGAAAGGUGUAGUGGUUUUUCAGUCCCUUUUGGAUCAUAAUUGGAUGGUUUUUCUCACAUUGUGUUGAGUUUUGAGAGCUCUAGUCUUAAUUCUAAACAUGCAUUUUAGCUUUAGAAGUAAGUGCCCCACAGAGAGAGUCCAUUUCUUACUUCUAAGUUGUUGGUUUUAAGCGCUGGAAAGUUAACUUAACCCUUACAUUUGCCUUGUGACUUUUUUUUGCCAACAGUAUUAUACCAAAUACCAAUCUUUGUCUCAAAAUGGCAUUUAUUCAAUUAAGAUACAGGACCCUGACAUCAGUAGGAACUCAACAACCCAACUUCUCUCCUGGAUUUUGAUGCACACCAACCAGACGAAUAUAACAUCAUCAUCACCUGGGUACUUUAAUGCAAACCAGUACAGCCCAAACAUAAUUUCUACUCUCAGAAAGUUUGUAAACUCUCAGUAUCUGCAGCCAUCAUCAGACAGCUGAUUGUUUUCAUUCACAUUUUUAUUGAAAACUGAGUGGUUGCUGAUGGUAAAGAGAUGGACUGUGUUGUAUUUUGUUGUUUUAAAUCUGUCGACAUGAGGGUUUGCUUUAAAACGAUUUUCCUUAACCACAGUGUUUACACUCAGCCUACAAAUGUCCUAUGUUGUGGUUCAGCUGUUCUAAAUCAUAACAGAUCUGGGGUCAGUUUCACAGAUUUAAGUCUGAUGCGAUUCUGCUUACCGCUGCACUUUUGUCCUUUUUUAAAGAGGAUUAAAAUAUGUUGUCACUGCGUUCAUUUUCUGUGUUAUACUCUGAGGACUUUGAGCACGAUAAAAAGCAGAUAAGAGGGUUGACCUUUCAUCAGCCGCAGCAUCUUGGCCUUUUUCUGACAUCUGCUUAUCGGUAAAGUUCAUCUAUCUGGAGUAAGACUAAAAAUCGCCUUGCAGAGAAAAUGCAGGUGCAGUUUCUCUGGAGAGACUGUGAAUGUUUCUCAAAAUAUUCUAGAGCGGGAUCUUCAAUCAAUUUUAAUUAAAUGCUUUUAAUUAUUUUUGUGUUUAUCAGAUUUUUAUUUAUUUUUUGCAGAUACAUUGUUCUUGAAGUUCUUUAACAUUUUAAAAUCUCAUUAUUGAAGCAUCACAAAAGAGAACCUAAAAUUAGAUGUGCAUUUAGCUCAACCUUUAUCAUCUAGUACAGCGCAGCAUACUGUGUGUAAGCGAUGCUUUUGUUCAGGAUUUUUAAUCCUCAUUGCUGUCAAAAAUAUGUUUCCAUAUCUGAACUCAAGUCUCUUUAUCAGUGUUUGUGUUGAUGUUCAAGGUGCAAAGGUUUCCUUCACCUCUGUCGGCUGAUUUUUAUGAGUUCUUCUUCCUGUGUCGCCCUGCAGAGCAGAGGAAGAGGAUCUGCUGUGAACACACACACACACACCUCACACCUCACACACUCCUGCCCACCUGAGAGCAGAGGAGAACACCUGAGAGGACCAACAGCAGGUAGGACGACACAGUGACACAGCUUUGGUCUGUUUUGUGUUACUUUUUAAUGAUAAAAACUUUAUUUAUUUGAGCAAGUUACAGCGUGCUUUACACACAAAAAAGGCUAUCAAAAUAGAGUAAUUAAGUCAUUAAUGAUACAAAUAAAACGGAUGUUACUGCAGAAAUAUAAGGUGAAAAGAGACGGCAAAGCCAACAGUAAAAAAAAGAAAUAGCCAGAUGAUUUCACAAUGAGCUUCAAGGGGAGAUUUAAAACAGGACUCUGGGCUUGGCUUGCAGAGUUCAGUCACCUCUUGAGACCGGUCAAGAUUUACUAACCACAGGUAGAGCCCUGAGAGAAGACCUCAAACUCAUUGCUCAUAAAAAUACUCUUGAGUAAAAUCUUAAAAGCACUUCUAUAACUCACAGUCAGCCAGUCAUGGUCAGGACUGGUGUUAGGAUCGAUUUAUUUGCUAUUUUGAAAGCGUUGUAAAGAAACUGUAACUGUUGGAUGUUUCGCUUGCUGACACUCAUUAAAUGCAUCUAUAUAGUCAAGUCUAGAGGAAAUACAGGCAUGGGUGACCUUUCCUCAGUUGGCAGGAGAAAGGAAUGACCUUCUAGUGAACUCUUGCCCUUUUUUAUUUUGGAUCCAGGAGGUAAAUGUUGCACGGAAGUUGAACAGCAGGAAGAGGCGGACUCAGGAAGAAUAGUCACUGCUUAUGCUGGUCCGAACAAGGAUCGUAAGAAAACUGACUUCAGUGGGGUUCAAAAUUGUAAAACAUCAAGAUAACGAGUUUAACGCUUUAUGAAAAUUGAGAAAGUUUUUAUAAAUCCAUCAGCUUUUCCUUUAUGGGUCAAAAACGUAGUGCUGCUAACCUCAAAUCAGUGUAUGUUGUUGUUUUAAGUGUCCAUGAGUUUGACUCCAUGUUUAGUUGAUAGGAAAUAACUCUUGCACAAUACAUGCUGACUUUGACCUCAAGUCAUGACAAAGAAAACACCCGGAGCUGUGUUAAGGACUUGAGUAUUGCAUGAAACUGUUUCUAUAUACAGUAUUGAUAAUGCUGAAGCGCUACAUCUCAAAGUGAACAGUUUUUGGCUUUGUCUCUGCAGACGCUGCACCAUGGACUUCCUCAUCCAGCUGCUGUUCUCUCCUCUCCCGACCUCGGCCAUCAUCUCUCUGUUAGCUGUCUUUGCUGCAACCCUGUUUUACCUCAACACACGGCCCAGUCCUGUUCGGAUCCCCUUGGACCUUAAAUGCCAAUCACUGGGCAUCAAAGUAAGAGUGCAAAGAGUUUGAUUCAACUCAAAUUUAUACUUGGAAUAAAAAAGUCCCAGCUUCGCUCCUCUCAGAGUAGAUUUCUGCAGGUUGCAGAAAUAUUACAAAGAAAAUCCUCCAAGUCAUUAUUAUUCUUGCUCUUGAUUUUUGUUCUUGCUUUCCUUAGGGUGGUGCAAGAAAGACAGCACUGCUUGAGGACAACAACAACCUGUUAUCAUGUUACUAUGACAACGGCAAGACUCUGUAUGAAGUUUUUCAGAGGGGUCUGAAAGUGUCAGGUGAGUUUCAAACUAGUUAUGAGAUAUAAAUGUCCUUCUUAGUUUAUUUUUUUACAUAGUGUACUUUUAUCAACUUGGAGCCUUUCUCACUUACAGGUAAUGGACCGUGUUUGGGUUACAGGAAGCCAGGGAGGCCGUACCAGUGGCUCAAAUACAAGCAGGUAAAACAACAUGCAGCACCUUGAAUCCUCAGAAAAACCCGCCGUAAACUCCAGCUCACCUUUCCUCCUCUUCCUCCCUGUGAAGGUGUCUGAUAGAGCCGAGCACCUGGGCUCAGGGCUGCUCCACAAAGGUCUGAAGCCCAACACGGACACUUUCAUCGGCAUCUUCGCCCAGAACAGACCUGAGGUGAGUGAGGACAUUCGGUUUGUUUGUGGGCGGGUGAAGUCUUUGGGUUCAAGCGUGUUCUUAAUUGUUGUGUAAUUUCAGUGGAUUAUCGGUGAACUGGCAUGUUACACCUACUCCAUGGUAGCGGUCCCCCUGUACGACACCCUGGGUCCGGAGGCUCUGGUGUUCAUUAUAAACCAAGGUAAUUGGAGCUUCUCUGGCGCUCUAAUGCUGCUAAUGACAAAGCUGAGUCUGAGUCCAGUAACUCGGCGGUCCCUGCAGGGAUCUGUGUGGAGUCUGCUCUAAUCUCCUCCAGCUAAUUGAACAGCUCAUAGUUGAAGUCAGAUUUCUGUUUGUCGUAUUUCCUCUGGAUAAUUCAUUAAACAAAGAGCGUGAAUGAUACAGUCGGUCAGCUGCUCUCAUUACUGCCGCGGUUUUCAUCUUAAUAAACUCUUCUCUGUGAAAUUCAACUCUGUCAACAUAAAAAAACACUUCAUACAGUGACAUUUAUGAAAAAGGAUUAGGGCCACAAGAAGAGAAAAAAAAUUAUGACAGGAGAGAGAUUUUUUUUAAAUUUCCAUUUCAAGAUAAAAGUCAAAAUUUUAAAGGAUGACAUUUUGACUAUUUAUGUCGACUUUGAUCUCAAAAUUUUCAAACUUGACAAAAUUUUAACUUUUAUCUUGAAAUUUGACAUUAUUCACAACAUUUUGUCAUUUUGUAAUCUCAAAAUUUCAACUUCAAUCUCAAGAUUUCAGUUUUUAAAUAAUAAAAUGUCGACUUUAUUUUUAAUCUUGAAAUUUCAACAUAUUUCACGACAUUUCGACAUUUUGUAAUCUCAAAAUUUGGACUUUAGUCUUGAGAUUUCAAUAUUUAAUUCUAAAAUUUUGGCUUUAUCGACGUAUUUUCGUUUUGUUUUUUUUUUAUCUUGAAAUUUUGACAUUAUCCACAACUUUUCCACAUGAUGUAAUCUCAAUAUUUAGACUUUAGUCUCGAGAUUUCAAUUUUUAAUGUUGAAAUUUCAACUUUAUUGACAUAAUUUUGAUUUUUUUUAAAUCAAAAUUUUGACAUUAUUCACGACAUUUAAACAUCUUAAUCUAAAAAUUUUGACUAUCGACAAAAUUUAAAUGAUUUGAUCUUGAGAUUUUGACAUUAUAUACGACAUUUUGUAAUCUCAACAUUUUGACUUCAGUCUCGAGGUUUCAAUUUUUAAUGUUGAAAUCUUGACUUUAAUGAUAUAAUUUCGAUUUUUUUGAUCUAAGAAUUUCGACUUUAAUCUCUGUCCUGUAAUUAUUUUUUCUCUUCAUGUGGCCCUAAUCUUCUUUUGUUGAAACUGCUCAUUCUGAAGCCGAUCAGUCUUGAUUUAUACAGCAUUAUUACAUUAUGUCAACCUGUUGUUUGUUCCUCUUUUCAGCGGAGAUCUCCACGGUUCUUUGUGACAACCAGAGCAAAGCAGAGACUCUGCUGCAGACCCGAGAGAAAGACGAGACUACUGUUCUCAAAACCAUCGUCAUCAUGGACUCUUUCAACUCUGAGCUGGUGGAGAGAGGGACCAAGUGUGGGGUGGACAUCGUGUCCAUGGAGGAUGUGGAGGUAUGAUAAAGUAAAAUGAAUCACAACAGUUUGGUUUAAGUCCUGACCUUUUGAAGUAAACUGUGAAAAAAAAAUGACAAACAUGAUUUAAUUGUGUUUUCUUUUCUUCCUUCAGGCUCUGGGGAAAAGUAAUCUUCAUGACCCAGUUGUAAGUCAUUUUUUUAAAGCAAUUAUUUUGAAUGUUGGACAGAUAAAAAAAGCUGUAGGCUGAUAUUGAUUUUAUGUCUCAACAGCCACCAAAGCCUGAAGACCUCAGCAUCGUUUGCUUCACUAGCGGCACUACAGGUGAUCUUCUGAUAUUUCAUAUCGGGAUCUUUAAUGCCUGAAAUCUGUGAGUGGGUAGGAAGGGAAAAGUCAGACUUUUUUUCCCCAAGUAGUAUUUUUUUUUCCUCCCAGGUAACCCCAAAGGAGCGAUGCUGACCCAUGAGAAUGUGGUCUCAGAUGCUGCAGGUGUCAUCAAAGGUUUUGAGGUGCGAAUGAGUAACCUCAAAUCUUAUUUUCAUCAUUCAUACAUCAUUAAAGUUCUGCUAACUGAGGCCUUUGUUUGUCCCACAGUCGUCAAUCAUCCCCAGCACUGAGGACGUCAGCAUUUCAUUCCUGCCUUUAGCUCACAUGUUUGAGAGAGUUGUACAGGUGAGGUCUGGACUAAAACUCUGAUUUCCAGAAGCCAGAGUCGAAAAAGUGAAGUUUUAUGUUCUCUGUCUCGUAAGACGGUGGUGUACGGAGUCGGAGCGAGGGUGGGAUUCUUCCAGGGUGACAUCAGGCUGCUGCCAGACGACAUGAAAACUCUUCAGCCCACCAUUUUCCCAGUGGUCCCCCGACUUCUCAACCGUGUCUAUGACAAAGUAAGACAUUCAAGUCAGACAUACCUGCCCCCUCUUUCCUUUAGCUCUGUUUUGUACAUCAGCCCAACAUUUCCAGUUUCUUCUCUCAAACACACUUAUAUAAAAAACACAAAUCCUACCACCAGGUUCAGAGCGGAGCCAAAACUCCUUUUAAGAAGUGGCUGCUGAACUUUGCAAUAGAAAGGAAGUACGCUGAAGUGAGAGACGGGAUCGUCCGCAAAAACAGCCUCUGGGAUAAACUCAUCUUCAACAAAGUUCAGGUACUGCUGCAGGUGAAUUAAAACGGUGUAAAAAGGAGACAUAACCAGAGUGUAAACAGAGUCAUCUUUUACAUGUAGGAGUCAUUUGGAGGUCGAGUGAGGAUCAUGGUGACGGGGGCAGCACCAAUCUCUCCGUCUGUUCUGAACUUCCUCAGGGCGGCUCUGGGCUGCCAGGUAACUCAGACAUUUACCCUGGUUUUUGGUCUCUCUAGAUGUUCACAAAUCCAGGUUUUCAGGGUCAAUCUCUGCAAAGAAACGUUUAAAAUAAAAGGAUUUGUUGUUUUUUUUCUGUCGCAUGUCACUCUCAGAUCUUUGAGGCGUACGGUCAGACUGAGUGCACGGCCGGCUGCACCUUCACCGUGCCAGGAGACGCCACCUCAGGUAGGCGCUCAGCUUCUGCCACAUAUUUCUCGUACACUGUUUUUGACUUUCACGCAUAAAUGUCCAGAUAGAAACAAUUUAAUGUAUGUUUAUGUCAUAUGUUUACCCUAUGUUUAGGCCAUGUUGGCGUGCCGCUGCCCUGUAACGUGGUGAAGCUGGUGGAUGUUGAAGAAAUGAACUACUUUGCCUCAAACGGAGAGGGAGAGGUAAGAUGAUGGAAGCCGAACAGGAACGUCCAAUCUUAAGCAGAUCUUCGGCGCUCAUCUUGCUUCGUUCUGGUUUGUGUCUCUGUGAUGUUCUCCAGGUUUGCAUCAAAGGUAGGAAUGUGUUUAAGGGCUACUUAAAAGACCCGGAGAAGACCGCAGAGGCUCUGGACGAGGACGGCUGGCUCCACACGGGAGACAUCGGAAAAUGGCUUCCAGUAAGAAUCAGAUAAGAGGAAAAAUGUCACUUUAAUAUUCGCUCCACCACAUAAAAAUCAGCCUGGUGAUUGGUUUAAGGUGUUUAACCACGAGCUCCUCCACAGCAGAUGAAAAGUGUUGUGGGUGGAGCCCUCAGGCCACACUGGAAAUUGAAUUCAGUCUUAUUCUACAAAUACUUUGAUUUCUUGACUGCAAAUGUUUCUGUCUUUUGGUCAUUUAGUUAAAAUUUCGAUCAUAUCUGUGACUAGAUGGAGUUAUCUAAGGAGGAGCAAACUCAGCGUUAUUAUUCCUUAUAUUCAGUCCUGCAGUUUGUUUUUCCUCCACCUAAAUUUGAUUUAUUCAAUAAAAAGAACAUAAAACAUUCGUCCAGAUCUGAUUAUUUGUCUGCUCUGUGGUUGUUUUGUGAACAGAGUGGAGUCCUGAAGAUUAUUGACCGCAAGAAGAACAUCUUCAAGCUGGCUCAGGGCGAGUACAUCGCUCCAGAGAAGAUCGAGAACGUUUACGUGCGCUCCGGACCUGUGGCCCAAGUUUUCGUGCACGGAGACAGUCUGCAGGUAAAACUAAUAAUAAUAAUAAUAAUAAUAAUAGAUUUCAUAAUAAUAAUACAUUGGAUACAUCAUUCAUUCACUCACACAGUCACACCCUGGUGGUGGUAAAUUACCUUAGUAGUCACAGCUGCCCUGGGGCAGACUGAAGGGAACAUGGCUGCCAGUUUGCGCCUACGGCCUCUUCGAUAACCACCACACAACACUCACAAUCAUACACCAGUGGAGGACACACACUAGGAGCAAGGUGGGUUAAGUGUCUUGUCCAAGGACACAACAGACAGACUCAGGAUAGGGGGGUAUUGAACCGCCAACCUUCCAGUUAUUGAUGGACUGCUCCAACUCCUGAGCUACUGUCGCCUACAAACUGGCGGUUUUAAAAUCUGGAUACAGACUCUCUGAUCCAAUUACACUAAAAAUAAAACCCUUUCUUUGUGUGUCUGUAGUCCUGCUUGGUCGCUAUUGUGGUCCCUGAUCCUGAAGUCCUGCCGGGUUUUGCAGAAACUCUGGGAUGCCAUGGCUCCAUUGAAGAACUCUGCAAAAACACAGUAAUGUUUCUGUUUUAUUUAUAGUCACACCUGCUCGUAGAGAGACCUUUUUUUUUUUCCCCCUCAAAAUAAACAGGUUGUACAUUUUGGUGUGAUAUUUUGGGGUCACAAUAACGGAGCAGAGUGCACAUAAAUAAACGGCUGGACAGGUCACAGGACAAAGUCGUAUAUAAUAUGAGAAGCAGGUUGAAACGCUCUUAUGUUUUGUUUUUACAGGAGUUGAAGAAAGCCAUUCUCUCAGAUAUGACCAAACUGGGCAAAGAGGCGGGACUCAAGUCCUUUGAACAGGUAACGGUUUGUUUGGGGUCAAAGAUGCACCUAGACUAGUCAUAAUCUGGAUUAUAUGGAUUCUAGAUUAUUCCUCUCAAACAUCUCUGUAGACGGCUGCUCUUGUGUUCAUUCUCAGAUCAUAAUUUCACCAGAAUAUCUUCACACACACGUGUCUGUGCUCUUGUGUUCUGGCGGCCAGACACAGACCACCUGUGAUUUCAUUCUGUAUUUGUGCAGCAGAGGCAGAUUUUUAUAGCAAUCAGCUGCAGGAGGAAAAAAAAUGCUGACAGGAAAGAAUUUGGAUUAAAGUGACUCAACACUUAUUUGUAAUGUAAUACAUUUGUAGGUUGUAUACACAGACGCUCAUAUGUCGCUUGAACUGUCUCAGUUCUCCCUCUAGUGGUUGGAAAUGAGUUUUUAUACGGAGGAAUAUCCCAAGUAACAUCUUCUGUUUCACUUUAAUUCACUGCUAUGAUAUGUCCAACCAUCUAAACCUCUCACUUCCUUUUGUUUCUAUCCGAGGUGAAAGAUUUGUACCUCCACCCAGAGCAGUUCACCAUCGAGAACGGCUUGUUAACCCCGACUCUGAAAGCCAAGAGGGCCGAGCUCAAAGCUCUUUUCCAGCCACAGAUCGACAAACUGUACGCAAACCUCUAAUAAAAAAACAAUAACCUGGUCG